AUAAAAAUUCCCUUGCAUUUCGGGAAAAAGUCCUUGAUUAAGAGGGAUUCAUAAUUACGCAAUAUGAAAACAGAUAAUUUUAUGCAGGUACCUACAUACACUGCAAAGUACCAGGCAUAAUAUUUCGGUAACAAUGAAUCUUCAAUUUCCUGCUACGCCGCCAGGUCGCGCUGCGAUGCAUGCUCUCUAUACCCUUUCUUAUUGGCCAAUGGUACGUUAAAUGCACCAUGGAUCUCUUAGCAUACCGAAAUCUCAGCUUCUGUCGAUCUUUGCUUUGCUGUAAUUAGCGAAGAUUCCGUUGUAACAUCAUACUGAAGAUUUAAUAAAUGCCUUAUCCUCAGCUCAUUAGGUUGGGUUUGUUUUACGGCUACGCCUUUUAAUAUACUUAGGCCGCUACCGUCCUUCAUUUCCCCUCGUCGGCUUCGAUAGGUGUUUGUCUCAAUUGGAAACGCCAUGCACGUCAAGAAAGCUUCCGUCUUCGUCGGUGCCUUUGCCAGUGCGGGGGUAUCUGCACUCCCAGGAGCAGCAUGGCAAUAUCCGACUCAGCAACAGCAGCACUUCCGGUUUGCUGAACUCGGACCUCGUCCGGAGUUUUUGGUAAACGACAUGGACGAAGGCUGGCUGAAAGACAAGUUAUUAUCGUGUGCCGACAUGGAAGCACGGCCAACCAAGUUUAGUAUCGGCCAUCGUGGAGGCGCUUGCUUGCAAUUUCCCGAGGAGUCGCGGCAAUCAAUAGAAGCGGGAACCCGCAUGGGUGCUGGGAUUCUCGAGUGCGAUGUUGCUUUUACCAGCGAUCGUCAGCUCGUUUGCCGACACGACCAAUGUGAUCUACACACCACUACGAAUAUUGUCGCGACGGAAUUAGGUGCGAAAUGUACGACGCCGUUUACACCGGCGAGUGGCGAUACACCAGCAACCGCCAACUGUUGCACGAGCGACAUCACAUUAGCCGAAUUCAAGACCCUUUGCGGAAAGAUGGACGGGUUUAACGCCUCGGCUACUACACCCGAGGAUUUCCUGCACGGUACACCAGGGUGGCGUACUGAUCUAUACGCUACUUGCGGAACCGUCCUCUCACACAAAGAUUUCCUCACUCUCGUCGACUCGCGCGGUCGUGAUUUCACCACCGAACUCAAGGAACCGCGAGUACCUAUGCCCUUCCAAGGAAACUACACACAGGAAGAAUAUGCACAGCAAGUGAUCAAGGAGUACCGGGCUGCAGGCAUCGAUCCGUCGCGCGUGUGGCUGCAGAGUUUUUCCUUCGCGGAUGUAGCCUACUGGCUGCGUGCCGAUCCAGCAUUUGGCAAGCAGGCUAUCUUACUCGACGAGAGCGGCGAUUCGCCCGAGUUAUUCCCGGGUGCUGUUGCUAACCUGUCAUUUUAUAAAGAGGCUGGCGUGCAGAUCGUGGCGCCGCCGCUCAGUUACCUAGUCACACUCGGCGAGGGAGAUGAGUACAUCCCGUCUUCUUAUGCGACCACGGCUAAGAAGCUAGGCCUGAAGAUUAUUACCUGGUCGCUUGAGCGGUCGGGCCCACUGGCUCAGGCCGCUGCUUCUGGUGACUACUAUUGGGCAACCGUAGCAAACGGAACACACAAGGAUGGCGACAUGUACAGACUCGUCGACGUUUUGGCCCGGGAGAUUGGAGUUCAGGGUAUCUUCUCGGAUUGGUCUGCUACCGUCACUUACUAUGCCAAUUGCUUUGGUCUCUUCUAAGUGUAGAGUCAAAAAGCAAUAAAAUACCACAAUCGGAUAGUAAUAGUAAAAAUUAAUUGACGUUAUCAUAUUGUAU